AUGUCGACCUCAGUAUACAUGCCAUCACAAGCUCCACGCAAAGGCUCAACAACAUCACGCCACCGUCGCUCAACAGUAUCUCUGCAUUCGACACCCGGUCUCGGGCUAAUCCGAACAAUCUCGAAGGACCUGCGUACUGGUUGGCAUACUACUACCGCUCUGCAAAAUGAACCAGUCACUCCGCCAUCAUCAGCACCUGUGCCUCAAGCGUACAAGCCCAAGUAUGCAGCACGAGAUGCCAUGAAAGGCUUCACUCCUGCUGCGCCAGGACCUGAGGACCUUCAACAAACGGCAAACUCAUAUUUCGACGAGCAAAACAACCAGCCCUCGCCUCGCUCUCGUCAAGACUCUCUAGCACCCAUCUCUCCCAUCACACAAGAUGCAACGAAACCACUUGCUUGCGUAGAGGCAGGAUUGAUCCCUGAUCAUUCCUUCGACACAUGGACCGCAGCUUGGGAUUCUGCUUACGAGCGACGAAUCAACACUUACCAUCACUGCCCCUCUCCCACCUCUGCCACUUUUCCUUCGUCAUCUGCGCCAUCGAACUCUACCUCAUCAACAACGUCGGAGAAAAAGAAGCGUACGAAAAGUACCAGACCACCACUCACCGGCCGCCUCUCAGUGACCAAUGCAGAAGUGAAACGCUUCGUCUUCGGCGACAGAGAAGACAAGAAGAGAGGAUUUGAGUCUCCAGAAGCUUUUCUGAUGCCAAGAAGGGACAGCGAGGUGCCGAGUUUGGUGCUCUCAGAGGUGUCGAGCAGGGAUAGUGGACUCGAAGAUUUGGAUGAGGGGGAUGAGGAUGAACAGGUGCAAGCAGAGAUUGAGGAACAUGGGAGGCCGAAGAUGGCGAAGGAGAGAAAUCCACGAGGGUCGCUGUUGCACCUGUUGUUGUUGAUGCGGAGGUCUUGCGAUAGAGUAGUCCGACGAAGAUAG